CAAUAUAUUCUUAAAGCUUACUAGCAUUCACUUUUACCAAAUUACCGUAAUUGUCCCUCAGCCUUUUCUACUAGCAGUUUCCUUCCUGUACAUUAUAGUCUUUUCACCCAAAACAUGGAGCUCCAUCAUCGUUCGGGUCUGAUCCAUGUCAUUCUAAACUGCUUUUCCAUUAGAUUUGAUAUAACCCUGUGCAAAUGGGUAUUAGGUAUUACCCGACUGAAAAUUCUAAAAUGACAGCAGUUACAUAACCAUGAUUUCAAAAAUGGGUGCAGUUACAUAUCCAUGAUUACAGGCACCGUAUAAUGCUGCGAUUGUGCCAUGAUUUCAGACUCUGCAACGACUUUGCUAUCUUCCCUGCUCUUUCUCAAGUACUUUUUAUGGACGAAAAAUGCAUGAUCUAUGUUCUUUCAUCCUGCCUUGCUUCGGGACGAUUACUGGAGUUGUUUUCAUCAGGUCAUAAGCGGUACACAUUAGGGAUCAGUUUCAUCUUCAUCUUGAUCGAUUGCUUUUCAUAUGGAUCAGACAAUGUAAUUAGCCAUGGCAGCUCUGCAAUACCUAGAUUCUUUAAGAAAUUCACACCCAGAGCUUUCUGAUUGGUCCAACACGCUAGCAGAUCUGUAUCAACGCAAGCUAUGGCACCAGGUUUCUCUCAAGCUUAAUCAAUUUGUAGGCCUGGCUAUUUUUCAGGUUUAUUUUUACCAUUUCUUGAAUUUGUUUUGUUAAAGUUUGUAUCUUUAUGUUUAGUUGAUUGUAAAGUUGUUAUCUUUACUGCAAUUAGGGCUUUUGUAUUUUCAGACUUUGAUUAUUUAGGUGGGAAAUACAGAGUCGAUGAUAAAGAGAAACAAAGCUUGGACUUUUAAUGAGUUUUUUGUCGUAGAGGAUCAUUUCUGAGUUCAGUGUGAUUUGGGCUUCCAAAACUAACAUUUGGUCGGGAACUAAGAAAGCUAUAGAUAAAUGGUAAGUAGCAUUGUUCGGUUGGUAUUACACAGAAGAUUAGCAUACUGAAGGUGCAUCUAUAUCAUUUUAGGCAUGUAUGCAUUUCAUAUAUGGUCAAUUCAGUGACCGUGGACCGUGGUGAUAUACUGGGUGUUUAGCUCUUCAUGUGGUCACAAAUUUUUCUAUUAUUUUUAAGGCAGAUUCUUUGCUAUCUACUAUGAACUAAACAUUAAUUUAUAGUGUUUGUUUUAUGUAAUGUGUUUAGAGGAUUUCCAGUUCGGCUGAAGUAUGUUCCGGGGAUUAGCUACAGGACAUACAAUGAGCCACUUAACGUUACAGGGAGUCUGAAAUUAAUAAAUGUAAUGGAUUCUAUAAACCUACAAUCUGGACAAAAGCUUGGAGUGGAUGAGCUUAUUAGUCAUUCAUUUGGGUCUUCCAGAAUUCCGCCAGCUCCUUAUUUCCUCAACCAUUAUAUAAAAGCAAAAUUUAUUAAAACAAAGAAUCAUCAAAGAAUACAAGGAGGAGUAAGCAUGUAGCAAGACAGUGCCAGUUUCGCGUUUUGAAACUCAAACUCGUGCUGAUAAGAUUUGCCAACAACUCUCCCACUCCACAGUCCACACAAGGAUCAGGUUCUGCAAUUACACAUGGUACACCAAGCAUACCCUUUGAUCAGAUUGAUGGAUUUAAGCAACCAUCUCAAACACAUGGAGAGUGCAGGAAACACAGUUCAAAUCAGACACGUCAACCUGCAAGUUGUAUGGCUGUCAUUAGUUUUGGGGUGUCAACUUUUAAUUAAGUUGAGUUACUUGCAGUAUUCAUUUUGAAAACAUCUGUCUGUGAAUUGAAAGGAAAUUUGAAUUAAUCUUUUAUUUGAAAGUUAAUAGCCAUAGUCAUUGAAUUACUUGAUUUACAAAAGCUGCUAAUACCUCACGUAGCUAGAUAUCCAAUUUACAAAUUCUUUAAUAUCCAGUAUAGAUUAUUAGUUGAAAUAAUUUUUUCCUGUAUCACAUGAUUAUUACCAGUAUAGUUCUAUGCUCAGCUGCAUAAUUUUAUAUGAAUUUAUUAUUGUGUGCUGCAGUUUGUAUGUUUGGAUGGUAAUUCUUGGACAUCCUGGUUGAGCAGCUAUAAAUAUAUCAAAGUUGAAUUGUCUGACUGGAUUUCAGAGCAGUGGCUGAUGGUGUUAUGCGAGUUGUGCUAGCUGUGGAUCUGUUUGCAAAAAUCAGAAGUAGAUAUUCCCACCUCCGGUAAGGGAAAGAAGAUUCCGGCUCAAGAUAAGUGACAAACGUCUUAGUCGCAGAGUUUGUGCAAUUUUGGCUUUAGUAAAAAGGACGUAAAAAAAAUGUUCUCAAGCACUUCUUGCACACCCACAUUUUGUAAGGACUGCAUAGACAGAAAAUUUAGAAAAAUUGUUGGCUGAUUGAGUACUCUACAGCAAGUACUAAAAGUUUUCUGUUCCUCUGGGACACUUAAAUUUUGCCAUCAAAUACAAAUACUACUUUGUUCUUUCUAUUGUUACUUUUACCAACAAUGUUAUGAAAGUUUGCAUCUUCAUCCUUUAAUCGAUUGUAUUCACCCUAAACACAAUAGUAUUGACAAAUCUUAACUCACAUCCAGUACUAUUUGGAACCCUGAUGUAAUUUACUCCUCCCUCUCCCUGUUUGCUAAUAUUUUUUGAGCAUAUCACUAUUGCAGUUCCAUUUAUUUAUUUUUUGGCUAAAUAAAAUAUUUUGCCUAAUAUUUUUACAAAUAAUUUAUUUCACGAUUAUCAUAGUUUUAAUUAUUUGUAUUAUUUUAAUUUUUCAAUAUGCCACUCUAAUAUUUUAUUAACUUCAAAUCCUUGAAGAAACAAAACAAAUUUAUUAAUUGAAAAACAGGAUAUUAUUUGAUUUUAUAUAGCUUUGAUUUGUGACUCAAAAUUGAAGACUAAUGCUCGGACUUUGUCCGUAGCAUCUAAUAUUCAUUUUGUACUAACAAUUUAGCAUCUAAUAUUCAUUUUGUACUAACAAUUUAUACAUGAGUGCGUUAAGUUCUGAAAGUAUAGUUCAUGAAAGUAUAGAGCGGCAAAAUUAAAAACGCAUUACAAUCGAUUAUUUAAAUAUUAAAAGGAUAAGUAUGCCCCGUGUGCGAAGCACGGGCAAGAUAGCUAGUACUAGAGUAGAAUUUGAACGUAAACAGGAUGUUAAAUGCGAAGGAACGUAAUGCUCUUAAACUAAAAUACGUGUUAUUCAAUUGUUCAGUUCUUUACAGCACCUCUGAUUACCCGGUUUACUCGCACGCCCAAGCCUAUCAUCACUUUGUUCUGUGUGUGCGUGUCAAUAUGUGUAAAAAUGAAUCAUCUGAACCGAUAGCGCUAGCUAGAUCCUAAAAUUCAGUGCAGGCCUGAUCAAUAAUUAAAAAAUUUGAGAGAAUGUAUUCUUCCUCUUCUAGUGAAAAUACUCCCUCGAGGAGCGACAGGUCGUGUGUGCCAGGAACGCUUGUAGAAGUUCCGGUGCUUUACGAUACGUCGUAUAAGCCUGAAACGCUCUUCGACGUGCCCGUGUUUUAUCAAUUUGACAGCGACUCUGAAGAGCCGGAGGCUGUAUCGGAAGUAGAUUUGGAAUCCAGCCAAAGGCAGCGACAACAGAAAAGCGAGAGAGUGGAACUAUCGGAACGAUUUAACUUCGUGCUUCCAAAAGAUUUUGUACCUCUUGUUGAUGAUGAGGAUAUACAGAUGUUAUCAGUUGAAGAUAAGACGAGGCUUCCACUGCCUCAAAGACUUAAGGGCUGGAUACGGGAAAUACGUCGUCGCUCUAGUGGGAGGCUUGAUAUCUUCUAUUAUCACGAAAAAUCUGGAGAAAAACCAUACCGAUCAUUUAGAGAUGUAAAGCGCUUUAUCUACUUGGGCUUCUUUCCAUCGGCAGAAAACAAGAAUAGCUAUUUGGAGCGGUGGGCUUUGGAUCAACCUAAUCCGCGGGAAGAGGGAACAGCAUCUGCUUUGUCUGCUCCAAACACUAAUUUGCAAGUACAAAUUUGUUCUUCACCAGUUCCAGACAAUAAUGUGCAAAUACAAGAUGAAGGCAAGCAGCAGGAAAAGCGUCCUAGACUGAGAACCGAGAUAGUGGAACUUUCUGAACCAUUUAACUUCCUGCUGCCAACAGAUUAUGUUUCUCUAGUGGAUGAUGAUGAUGAGGAGAUACAGAAACUCUCUAAUGGGGAUGUGAUGUGGCUUCCCUUGGCUCAAAGGCUCAAGGGCUGGGUACGUGAGACACGCUGCCGCGCCAAUGGGAGGCUUGAUUUUUUCUAUUAUCACAAGGGUUCUGGAGAGAAGCAAUACCGGUCAUUUAGGGAUGUGAAGCGCUAUAUCUACUUGGGUUUCUUUCCAUCUGCUGAAAAUGGGAAUAAGUAUUUGGAUCAGUGGGUUUUUGAUCAACCUAAUCCAAGGGAAGAAGGAGUCACUUCAGCUUCAGCUGCUUCAAACAGUACUUCUACUACUCAGAUACAAGAAGAAUCAUUCCCUUUCGACAUGUCCCAACACUAUUGAGCUGAAGACAAACAAGAAACGUGAUUACUUAUCUUUGCAGUACUAGAAUCCAUUACUAUAUAUUAAACGCGAGUUAAUGAACUCUUUACCUUACUGUUAAUG